CACAAGUCCAAUUCCCUGCGCAAGCUCAUCAUCGCGCUCGUCGUGCUCAUUGGGCUGGCUGCUGCCAUCGGCAUCAUCGGUGCGUUCACUUACGUGGGCGCAUCGUACCGUCGUGUUGUUGGAGCAAGGAAAAUUACUAUGGACCAUAUUUUCAAUGGGACCUUUGGUUCGCAGUGGCAUCAUCUUAACUGGGUUCCGGAAGGUUUUGCUUUUCGUUUCCCCAUGUUCCGCUUGCUGAGACGCAUUUGCCUUCCGCGAUGUGAAAGAUGUACGUGCCCCACCCACAUAUCUUACAACGUUACUCAUCUCUUACAGGAAAACGGAAACGAGCUGUACAUGGGCGACUGGAAAGUCUCACCCGACAUGAAAUACAUCCUCAUCAAAGUCGACUACCGUAAACAAUGGCGCUGGUCAAGUUUCGGUAACUACUACGUGCACAACAUCGCAGCCAAAACCACCCACCCCAUCAUCCCCCCCACUCACCCCUCCCGAACGGCCUUUGCAACAUGGUCACCCACAGGAGAAGCCAUAGCCUACGUAGCAGACAACGACCUCUACAUCCUCCCAUCCGCAUCACCCACCACCAAACCCAUCCGCAUAACAUCAACAGGCAACGCCUCCCUCUUCCACGGCGUCCCCGACUGGGUAUACGAAGAAGAAAUCUUCUCAUCCGACUCUUCCCUCUGGUGGUCUCCCACCUCUUCCAAACUCGCAUUCCUAUCAUUCGACGAGACGCUCGUUGAGGAAUUCACGUUUCCUAUAUAUAACCCUACGGAAGACGCGAAUGCGGUUGUGCCGUAUACGAAGGACGUGGUUAUGAAGUAUCCCAAGCCGGGGUAUCGUAACCCGCUUGUUUCGGUACAUGUGUUUGAUUUGGGACGGUACCUUGAGAGGGUUGCUGAUCUCGAAACACUUACGUUGGAUUGGGAUGGACGAAGGCCGGUGGAGGAUAGUGUCGUGUUGGAAGUUGCGUGGGUUGGUAAUGGGAGUUUGGUGCUCAAGGAGGUUAACAGGAAUGCGGACGAUGGGAAUGUGUUGGUUUUUGAUUUGGAUGAUGUUGAUGCGUUUGUAAGGUCGAGAGGGAGGGUUGUGAGGAGGUUGGGGAGGGAGGGGGAGGAGGGGGAUGAUGGGUGGAUUGAUAAUGAACAAACGAUAUACCCGCUCUCCUCCUUAGACCUAGACGGAGACGCCUACCUCGACAUCGUGCCCACCAAAGAAGGGUACAACCACAUCGCCCUGUUCAGCCCUGCCACCUCUAGCACCCCCAAGUUCCUCACUUCGGGAAACUGGGAAGUGACGGGUGGUAUUCAGUCUGUAGAUCAGAAGCGGGGAUUGGUGUAUUUCCUCGCUGCGAACCCAUCUUCGAUCGAACGGCAGCUUUACUCCGUUCCUAUACCCUCCUUGUCUACCGAAGAUGAAAAAGACCAGGAAAAAGUAGAGCCCACAUCAAUGACAGACGCAUCCAAGCCAUCAUUCUACGCCGUGUCGUUCUCGCCCCAAGCGGGGUUUUAUAUCCUCAGUUAUCAAGGGCCGGGGAUACCCUGGCAGAGGGUUAUGCAGGUUGAUAAUCCCGGGUUUGACCAUGUUCUAACAAUGAACGAAAGACUUCUAAACCAUACGUUGGAAUAUGAAGCUGCUACGGUUACGCAUUCGACGUUUUUGAGUGAUGGGUUUGAGUUGAACGUGAAGGAAAUACGGCCUCCCAAGAUGGACGAUUCGGGGCGGGUGAAGUAUCCUGUUUUGUUCCGUGUGUACGGCGGUCCCCACUCGCAAACCGUCGACCUCCGCUUCAGCCGAGACUGGCACGAAUACCUCGCCUGUGGGUUGGAGUACAUUGUCGUUGUGGUGGAUGGGCGUGGGACGGGGUAUAAAGGACGCAAGUUGAGGAAUCCUGUCAAAGGGAAUUUGGGGUAUUGGGAGACUGUUGAUCAGGUUAAUUCUGCUAGAGCCUGGGCAAAGAAGGAAUACGUAGAUCCGAAGCGGAUAGGUAUCUGGGGCUGGUCGUAUGGGGGCUUCAUGAGCUCGAAAGUCGUCGAGGCCAAUGCCGGGAUUCAUAGCCUUGCCAUGGCGGUUGCACCUGUGACCAGCUGGCGUCUGUACGAUUCAAUUUAUACGGAGCGGUAUAUGAAUCUUCCCGAGCUCAACCCGGGUGGAUACGUGAACGCGUCGAUAUCGAAUGUGACGGGGUUCCACAAGGUGGAUUACCUCCUUGCGCAUGGGAGUGGCGAUGACAAUGUUCAUUAUGCAAACUCGGCACAUUUGCUGGAUAUGUUUACAAAGGCCCAGGUCCGGAGAUUUAGGUUUAGGAUGUUCACUGAUAGUGACCAUAGUAUUAGUCGACGUGGGGCACAGAGGGAGAUAUAUGAGUAUCUGACAGGAUUUUUGGUAGAGAAAUGGGGCAAAGGUGGUCGUCGUCGUCGGGUAUAA